AUGGUCUCGCACGCCCAUGCUGCAGACAUUGUGCAUAGCAUCGCCUGCAUUCCUGGCGACGGUAUCGGCCCCGAGGUCAUAGAAGCUGGUGACUGGGGUGCCACACGUCUGCUCAACAAGGGCGAAUGUAUGCCCUCGAACGGACCCGAUCAGCUCAAAUACUACGACGCCAUCUACUUUGGCACUCCCAUACUAAAGUCGCAAGAUCAUCAUGUCAACGUGCGGCCUAAGCGGAUUCUCCCGGGCACCACCUCUCCACUGAUAGGUUGCACACCCACCGACCUUGACUGGUUCAUUAUCCGUGAGAAUAGCGAAGGCGAUUACUCGGCCCAGGGUGGUGUCCUUCAUCAAGAUGGUCCACAUGCAGUAGCUACCGAAGUGAGUAUCUUCACCAGAGCCGGCACCGAGCGGGUCAUCAGAUAUGCAUUUGAAAUAGCCAGGUCGCGACCACGGAAGAGAUUGACCAUGGUGACCAAGAUGAAUAUCCACAAUCAUGGCAUGGCGCUCUGGGCCAAAGUUUUUGACGAGGUUGCAAAAGAGUAUGAGGACGUGCAAACUGACACCAUGCUUGUCGAAGCAAUGCCGACCCGCAUGACUCUGCAUCCCUUGUCCCUCGACAUAAUCGUCGCUACCAAUCUGCAUACAGAUAUCCUGUCGAAUCUUGCAUCGGCACUUAGCGGAUCAACUGGCAUAACGCCUUCGUGUAAUCUUGACACUUCGAACAAGAAACCAAGCUUAUUUGCGCCAACUCAUGGUUCUGAGCCUGGCAAUGCUAGAAGAGGCAUCGCCAGCCCCAUUGGAGCGUUUUGGAGUGCUGCCGAGAUGGUGCGAUGGCUUGGUGAGGACAGGGCAUCCGAUAUCUUGAUCAAGGCUACCGAAAACGUCACUGGCCGUGGUAUAAAGACCAGAGACCUUGGUGGGUAUGCGACCACUGAAAGUGUAACGGAUGCGGUAUGCGCCGAAAUCAAGAAUCUCCUGAUGGUCUGA